AUGGCUCAAGCAAAAAUCCACCAUGCUAAAAUGACUGAAGCCGCUAAAGGCAAAUUCAGCAGAUCAAUGUCUAUGGCAGAUCGCUCCGGACAACUACUUGAAAGUUUGGACCAGCUGGAAAUAAGGUAUUUUGCAGAAGGCUAGCCUAACAGCAUGAAUACUGUAUGAAACAGUAUCAUAUAAAUGUUUUUAUCUAGUAUCUUUAAAGAAUACACACAGUAGCCUAUUAGACUACACAAUCUCUCCGUGUGCUACUACGGUGCCAUGCGACAGCUGCUUUAAACUCUGAUUCUAAACAGACAGGUGACAGUGGAAGAAGGAAGAAAGUUAUCUGAAUACGUGUGCACACUAAAGUGCAGAAUAGGACCUUAUCGUUUACAAUCUGGUUUAUUCGAAUAUUUUACGGUGCCAAACUGUGUUUGUCCUCUAAAAUAACAAACCCAUAGCCUUAUUUAAACAGUACAUUUAAAUAAAAUAAAAAAUCAACACUGAGAAACAGUUGUAGCAUAGGCAAUGGGAUGAAUAAUAUGUUCACAACAGUCUCUGAGUCACGUAGGUCUACACUCACCAUAUUCUAUAGAAAUAUCUCAUGGCAAUGACAUCUGUUUUAGGGUGGAGGCUUUACGUGAAGCCGCAACCUCAAUGGAACAGGAGAGAGAGUGCUUACUGGAUAUGAUACAAUCCAUAAAGAAUAGUGAAGAAAUGCGCAGCAUUUGUGACGGUAGGCUAUGUGUUGUUUGACAGCCAUCAGAUAACUUCUGCCUGCAGGCUACUGCAUAGGCCUACAUUUGGUUGAAUUAAUGGGACACUUAACUGGUUGGAAUUCUUAUUUAAAGGGAUAAAUCACUCCAAAAUAAUGUUUGUCAGAUGUUUUUAGAUCUAAAAAGGGGUCUUAUGUUGAGUACAAGUCCUGCCAUAUCUUGUUGAAAUCCAGCUAUAUAGCCUACCUCAAUCCAAAAUGAAUGGAAAAGGUAGGCACCAUGCAAUUCCAUUUGCUGUUCAUCUUUUCCAUUCAUGUGGGAUGUUUGGGUUAUAGGCCUAUAGCCGAUCUACAUUUAUGGCAGACAGGAAUUCUUACAUUUUACAUUUUAGUCAUUUAGCAGACGCUCUUAUCCAGAGCAAUUUACAGUUAGUGAGUGCAUACAUUUUUCAUACUUCUUGACAUUAGAACUUCUGUAAGGUUUUUGUACCUCUGAUAAACUUUUACCUUAGAGUGAACUGUCCUGUUAACACCUACCUCUGAUAGCACUGUGCUAUAUCUCUAUUUCAGGAGAGAGAGAGGAACUAUCUUUAACUGCUAAUCGUCUUCUGGGUAGGACGCUAACAGUUGAAAUCUCAGUGGAAACCAUAAGGAACUCCACACAGGAGGAUGCGUUACACAAGGCUACCUCUUUGAUUGAUGAGAUUGCAACAAAGUUGCUUGACGACAUGGAUGGUGCCAGAAAGCGCCUGAUGGCACUGCACGCUGCCUGUGUGACCGAGGCACCACCUGUUCCUAUCGAUACAAAAUUCCAGACGAUCGUCAUCACCUGCGCCUUGGAAGAUCAGAAGAAAAUCAAGAGGAGGCUUGAAACUCUGAUAAGGAAUGUGGAUAAUGCUGAGAAGAAUAUCAAGAUAAUGGAUAUCCAGAAAGUAGAUGACUUAAACAGUGCCAAUGGCAAAUGA